AUGGAUAACUAACAAAUCGAUUAAGCAAUAAGCAUUCAGCAAAACUAGUUGCUAAAUUAGAAUUAUUAUGAGCAAAUAAAUAAUUUCCUAAAGUAAAACAAUAUUGAGAUCGAAAAAAAGAUUGGAGAGGGAUUUUUUGCAGAGGUUUUUUAGGCAACUUAGAUUAAUGAAUAGAGGAGAGUAGCUAUUAAAAAAGUAAAAGAUCUGAAUAAGGAGUAAAAAUUUGAAGACGAAAAGAAAGCGAUGUACAAAAUUAAGAAUCAGCAGUAUGCUAUAUAAAUAAUAGGAGAAUUGACAAAUAAAGAACUAGGUUAUAAUGCUAUAAUCAUGGAGAUUUGUGACUGUACACUCGCAGAAAUAUUUGAAAAGAAUAUCGAUAACUUCACUGAAGAAUAAUUUAUUGCAUUGGUUUAUCAAUUGUUAAAGGGAUUGCUAGUUUUCUAGGAGAAGGGAAUCAUUCAUGGAGAUCUUAAGCCAGAAAAUAUUUUAUACAACCAGAAAAAAAAUAAAUUCCUUAUAUCUGACCUUGGACUUAGUUAAAUCUUACAAAAACCAGAGCUCUAACAAUUUAUUAGCAAAUAGUCAAAAUCAAAGAGUGGAAAUUUUAAGUAUAUGGCUCCAGAAGUAGUUCAUAAUAAGAAGCCUUACACAAUCAAAAUUGAUGUAUUUUCAAUAGGACUAAUGCUUUUGGAGUUUGUUUUAAAAAGGGAAUUAACUCUUUCAGAAUCCCUAAGAUUAAAAGAGAAUAACAGUUUAUUUGAUGUUAUUCAAAAUCUACAAAAUAACCCAUACAUUGAGUUUAUUAAUUAGAUAUUAGCUAAAAUGGUAUGUUUUGAGAGCGAAUAAAGGCUAGAAUCUAUGUAGUUGCUUUAGAGGUUAAACCAAUAUAUUGUAAAUGAAGAAUCUUUAAAAUCUCUACAAUUCAAUAACAAGAAUCUUUAUCAAUAUGAUUGGGGUUCCGAAUAUGAAAUACAAUUCAAUACAUUUACAGAGGUUUAUUCAAAAUAAUAAACUAACAAUAACAAGCAAUUAACUAUUGAAAAUAAUUUCACUCAAUAUAAUAAGAACUCAUCUAAAGAAAUUUAGCUAUCUGAUGUUAAACUCCUUCAUAAAGAAUAAUUAAAAGAAGUUUGUAUAAACAAGGAUAGUUUGAUCAAUCACUAAGAUUUAAGUAACUACCAAGCAGUAAAACUAGAUUUUAGAGGUACUUUAUCUGUUUAAAGUAGCUGCUUAUGUUUUGGAACUGGAAGCAAUAAUGUGGUAAGCGCAAUUCAAAAAAUCUAAGGUGUAAAAAGCAUAACAUCUGUGAUAUUAGAUUUGACAAAUAACUAAUUGAACGCUAAGAAAGUAAACAGUAUUGUAGGUAGCUUAUCUUAAUGCAAAAACAUAAAUUCUAUAGAUUUAAGUAUCAAUUAGGACUAUUACAAUGAAGCAGAGAUGAAAAAUAUUUUAUCUUUUUUGAAGGUUUGCUUAGAAUUGCCUACUUUUAAUCUUAAGAUAAUCGGCUAAGGAAAUGAAGUCAUCUUGAAAAAAUAAGGCAACACAAUAACCUUUUUGCUAGAUCAAACAUAAUUUAAAUUUGAUGAAUUGCUUCACAAAUAGAGAUUUACUAACAUCAAAUCAGUCUUGUAAAACUUACCAUUUAAUACAUAGAUGAAAAUAAAAAUAGACUAUAAGUUUGGCAAUAAAGAGGCUAAUAUUGUAGCAUAGUCUUUAGCAAAUUACUAGAACAUUACUCACAUCGCUCUCAAUAUUAAAAAUAGUCAAAUUGACAUUGAAGGAGCUAAAUCUAUUUCUAGUAUCGUUUAAAAUUGCAAAAAUGCUAAUUAAUUAAGUCUUCAUUUAUCAUAAGACAACGAUUCUCAUAUGGGUUAUUAAGGAGCAAAUAGCAUUAUUGAUACAGUACAAAGCUGUCAGCAUCUAAAUUUACUGAAUCUUAAGUUAAUUAACUGUAAUAUUGAAGUAUAAGGAGUCAAAGGUGUUUCUAAUAUCAUUAAAAGAUUUAAUAGUAUUAAUAACUUGAAAGCUCAUUUUAGUAAAUCUAAUAUUGAUAUUGAAGGAAGUAGUGCUAUCAAGAAUAGUAAUUGUCAAAACGGAUAGAAUAGUAUUAAAUUCAACAUCAAUUUAAACAACAAUAUUAACAUGGAUGAGUAAGGAGCCAAUAGCAUAUUUGAAUCGAUAUAUAAUUGCCAACGCCUAAAUUAAUUUAGUCUUAAGUUAUACGAUUGCAUUAUUAGUGCUUAAGGGAUUUAAAAUCUUACAACUAUCUUAUAAAAAUACAAAAGUAUUACUUUCUUGAAUGCUAGUUUAAGCAAAUCAAAAAUCGAUAUUGAAGGUAAUAAUCUUGAUAAAAAUGUGAUUCAAAGUGGAUAAGAUAAAAUUAAAUUUAAUAUUAAUCUAAGCAACAAUAUUAAAAUGGAUACUUAAAGUAUAAACAAUAUUAUUGAAACCAUUCAAAAUAGCUAAAAUUUAAAUCAGCUCAUUUUGAAAUCAGUUGAUAGUAAUAUUGGUAAUAUUGGAGUAAAUAGUAUAUCAAAUAUAAUAUCUAAGUAUGGAGAAAUUACUUAAUUCAGUGCUUGCUUAAGCAACUCAAAAGUUACUGUCGAAGGGACUGGAAUUAUAAUUAACAGUAGCCAAAAUAAUAAAAAGGAUAUUAAAUUUAGCAUAGAUCUUUGUAUUGAUUUUCAUAUUGGUACUUAAAGAGCCAACAGCAUUAUGGAGGCUAUAAAAAAUUGCUAGAAGCUAAAUAAAAUGAGUCUAAAGCUAAUUGAUUGCAAUAUUGGUGUUUAAGGUGUAAAUGGUAUUGCUAGUCUCAUUAAGAAAUAUGAAACUGUAUCCUAAUUAGGCUUUUGUUUAAGUAAGACAAGAAUUCAUAUUUAAGGGGCUAAUACUGUUAAUAAUAAUAUCAAUAAUGACUCUAGUAUUUAGUUUAAAGUUGAUUUAAGUGAUAACAGUAUUGGUGCACAAGGAUUCAAAAAUAUUACUGAAGCAGUUUUAGACUAUAAGAAUAUUAAUAAACUUGAUGUGCAUUUAUUUGGAGACUACUACCUAAUUGGUGUUGAAGGAAUUAGAAAUCUGACUAAAGUCAAGCAAAAUUGUGAAAAUAUUACUCAACUGAGCUUAAAAUUGAUCAACUGCAACUUCGGUGUAAAAGGAGCUGUAUUAAUAGCGGAUAUGAUUAAAAAUUAUAGCAGUGUUACUUCAUUCAGCCUUUCUUUAAGUUAGUUUUAGGUUAAUAUUUAAGGAAAAAAAUACAAAGAGAAUAGUGAUCUUGUUGAAAGUCAAUUCAUUAUUGAAUAUUCUGAAAAUAAUAUUGGCGUUGAUGAAAUUUAAGAAAUAGCUAAUGGAAUAUAGAAUUUCACAAAUAUUACUGAGUUAGACUUGAAAUUAAAAAACAGCAACUUUGUUUUUUAAGCAGUAGAAAUUUUAACUAAAGCUAUACCAAAUGAUAAAAUUACAAAUAAAUUUAGCCUAAUUUUAAAUAACCAAAGUAUUGAAAUUGAGGGAAUUGAGAGUAUUGCCAAAAUUAUGACAAAAUAUAGCAAUAUUUCUAAUCUGACUAUUCAUUUAAGUGGUGGCAAAAUCGGUGAUGCAGCAACUUAGAUUUUUGCUUAAGCUUUUCAAGAAUAUCAAAAUGUUACUUUAUUUGAUCUUAAUUUAAGUGAGUGCUAAAUAGGAAUAGAAGGAGCUAUUAGCAUAGCUGAUGAAAUUAAAAAUUAAUAAAAUAUUAUAGAAAUGAAUCUUAAUUUAAGUAAGAAUCAAAUUAAUGAUAAGGGUGCUGAAAAUAUUGCAAAAGCUCUAGAAUAAUAUAAAGAUGUUACUAAAUUUUCACUUUCUUUAAGCGAAAAUAGCAUCGGAGAAGCUGGAGCUCAGAGUGUUUCUAAUGCAAUAAGAAAUUAUUCAAAUAUCUCAGAAUUGAAUCUUGAUUUAAGUAAGAACUCCAUAGGAGACAAAGGAGUUAAUAGCCUAGCCAAUGGAAUAUAAAACUAUCUAAAUAUAACACAAUUUACACUUAAUUUAAGUGAGAAUUCAAUUGGCUUUGAAGGUGUUAAGAGCAUAGCUAACGCUAUAUAAUACUAUUAAAAUCUUUUAAAACUAUCAUUCAAUUUAUAUGGUAAUAGGGUUGAUGAUUAAGGAGCUAUUAGGAUUGCUAAUUCUAUAUAAACAUACAAAAGCAUUACUCAUUUGACUCUUUCUCUUGAAAAUAACUAAAUUGGAAUAGAAGGAGUGAAGAAUAUUGCUAGUUCCAUAAAAAACUUUUUAAAUAUGACCCAUUUAACUCUGAAUUUCAAAAACAAUCAAAUUGGGAAUCAAGGAGCUAUAUCGAUUUCUUAAGCUUUGUAAAAUUACCAAAAGAUAAUCAAAUUAACAAUUUUAUUGAGAUCAAAUCCUAUUACUGCAGAAGGUGUAAAUAGCAUAGCUGGCGCAAUAUCGAAUUAUCAGAAUAUUAAAAAAUUGAAUUUGGAUUUUUCUGAAAUUUAAAAAGAGAUUGGGGAUGAAGGAGCUAAUAGCAUAGCAAAGGCUUUACAAAAUUUUAAAAACAUCACCUCCUUAAUUCUUAAUUUAAAUUGGAAUAAUAUUUGUCUUGAUGGAGCUAAAUAUAUAGCUGAAGCAAUAUCAAAUUAUAAAAAUAUUAUUGAACUAUCAUUAUAUUUAAGUGGUAACAAAAUUGGAGUAGAUGGAGCUAAAAGUUUAGCCAAUGCAAUAAGAAAUUACUAAAAUAUUACUUCACUAAAUCUUUAUUUAUUUAGAAAUUAAAUAGGCUCAGAGGGAGCUAAAAGCCUAGCUAAUUGCAUACAAGAUUAUCAGCUUAUUAAUCAAUUGACUUUAUAGUUAAAUGAUAAUAUCGGUAUUGAAGCGGCUAAAUGUAUUGCUAAUGCCAUCCAAUAUUACUAAAAUAUCAGCCACUUAAAUCUUUACUUAGGUUAAAAUUCUAUUGGAGUAGAAGGAGUGAAGAGUAUUGCAGAAGCGAUAAAGAGCUAUGAAAAUAUUACUCAACUAUCACUUGAUUUUAGUGAUAAUUAGAUUGGUUUGUAGGGAGCUUAGAGGGUAGCAAGUGCUUUAGAAAAUUAUUAAAAUAUUCGCGAAUUAGAAAUUAAUUUAUCUUCUAAUUUCAUAGGAUUUGAGGGUGCAAAUAGUGUUACUAAUGUGAUACAAAAUUACCAAAAUAUCACUUGUUUAACUCUUGACUUUAGGAAUUAUAAAAUUGAUUCAAAUUCUGCUUAAGACCUAAGUUCUUGUUUAGCAAAAUGUGUUAAUCUCUAAAUUUUGACACUUGAUUUUGAAUAUAAUUAUGUUGAUGACAUAAAUAUCUCAUAUUUAAUUUCUGGUUUAUAAAAUUGUAACAAUCUUUCUAAUUUUGCAUUUAAUCUUAGAGGAAAUUCUAUCAGGGCAUAGGGGGCUUUGUGCUUAGGUUCUUGUUUUGCAAAGCUUUCUAAUCUCUCAACUUUGAACCUUGAUAUCUUUGAUAAUCAAAUAGGUGCAUAGGGUGCAUUAGACUUAGGUCUUUGCUUAUUAAAGUGCAGUAAAAUCUAAACUUUAACACUGAACCUCUAUUGCAAUGAUGUUGGUGAAUAGGGUAUACUAAAUUUAAGUUCUUGUUUAGCAUACUUAGCUAAUCUCUCAAAUUUGAAUCUCAAUCUUGGGGACAAUGGAAUUGGUAUUAAUGGUGCAAAAAAUCUAGGUAUAGGUUUAAGAUAAUGCUCUCAUCUCUAAAUUUUGACUCUUAACCUAAAUAAUAAUGAUAUUACUGAUUAGGGUACAUCUGAUAUAGUCUAUGGACUAGCAAAAUGUGUAAAUAUCACAAAUAUAAAUCUCUAACUAGAAAGUAAUUUAAUUGGAUCAUAGGGUGCACAUGACAUAGGUAAAAGUUUCAAUGAAUUAUUAAAUCUGACAGCUUUGACACUCAACCUCUAUUGCAAUGAUAUUGGUUCACAGGGAGUAUCAGAUUUAGGCUUAAGUUUUGUGAAAUGCACUUGUCUCUAAACUUUGAUUCUUGAUCUUAA